GGGGGCGCUUGACAUGAAACUAAGUAGACAAAAGAAGCGUGGACUCUCUGGAAUUAAACCAGGAAAGCAAGCAAGCAAGCAGAGCAGAGCAGAGGAGGGAAGAAUGUGGUGUUGAAGUGACUUUUUGACCACCUUCUGGCAUUAUUGACAUCAUUUUUAAAAACUCUUUAGCAAGAAAAACUUGAAAACGACCCAACUUCUCAAACAUUUUCCUCAGGGACAAUCUACACGAGUACAAGCAACGAUGGCACCCUCUCUCCUCCAGGCCUACAGGAGGCGCUGGUGGAUGGCGGUGACGGCAGUGAUCGAGAAUCUGCUUUGCUCGGCCGUGCUCCUGGGUUGGGGCUCGCUGCUCAUUAUGCUGAAGCGUGAGGGCUUUUACUCGCACCUUUGCUCAGAGAACGAUUCGGUGGUGGUGUCUUUGGGUAACUCAUCCAGCGGUGAGGUGGAAGAGUGGCUUAGCUGCGUGGACCAAGAGGAAAUGUUGAACCUGGGUUUUACUAUCGGUUCCUUCCUGCUCAGCGCCACCACCAUGCCCCUUGGGAUCCUGAUGGACAAGUUUGGGCCACGCCCACUCCGCCUUACGGGCAGCUCAUGUUUUGGUUUGUCCUGCAUUUUGAUGGCCGUAUCUGCAUACGACCCUCCAACACUGUCGUGCCUUAUCUUCCUGGCUCUGUCCAUGAAUGGCUUCGGGGGCAUUUGCCUGACCUUCACCUCCCUCACGUUGCCUAAUAUGUUUGGCGCCCUGAGCUCCACCGUCAUGUCUCUUAUGAUUGGCUCCUACGCCUCCUCUGCUGUUACAUUCCCUGGGGUCAAGCUCAUCUACGACGCAGGCGUUUCCUUUGAGGUUAUUAUGUGGUCCUGGGCAGGCCUCGCCGGGUUUGUCUUUGCCAACUGCUUCCUUAACUGGCCCAAGGAAGGUUUCCCGACACCAGAAGAGGUUGAUUACAGUCAAAUCCUUACAAAGGUCUCGUCAUCAGACCAGAAGAUUGUUAGAGAGCAAUUAAAGGAAAAAAAUGGCGAUGUCCAACACUCAAUGGAGAAACUUCCCAAUGGAGGCGAUGUUGGACUCAAUAGGUCCAAAACAGACACCGUUCCCUUCCGCCGCUCUGUCUUCUCUCCCAUCUUCCUGUGGAGUCUGGUUACUAUGGGAAUGUCCCAGCUGAGGAUCAUCUUCUUCAUGGGCGCUAUGAACAAGAUGCUGGAAUUCAUGGUGACUCACGGCGAAGAGCACCCUUCGGAAGAGUUGGUGAUUGAAAGCGCAGAGAAAGUGAGCUUCUACUCGUCCAUCUUUGGCACCCUGCAGUUGCUGUGUCUCCUCACAUGCCCGUUGAUUGGCUACAUCAUGGACUGGAAAAUGAAGGAGUGUGAUGAGGACAAGACCCUUGGAGCAGGAUGUGAAAAGAGCCAGACCAGCGGGACCAAGCGGGACCGCAAGAUUCAGAAAGUGACCAACGCCAUGAGGGCUUUUAUCCUCACCAACCUGCUGCUUAUUGCCUUUGGCUGUUGCUCCCUCAUCGAUUCCCUGCCGCUACAGAUUCUGACGUUCAUCCUUCAUACCAUGGUUCGAGGCUUCAUCCACUCCUGCUGCGGAGGCCUCUAUGCUGCUGUAUACCCGUCCAACCACUUCGGCACACUGACAGGCCUCCAGUCCUUUAUCAGCGCCUUGGUGGCCUUGCUCCAGCAGCCACUUUUCAUCGCCAUGGUCGGCCCACUCAAAGGCAACCCCCACUGGAUCAACAUUGGCUUGCUGAUACUCUCAUUAGCUGGCUUCCUGUUGCCUGGCUACCUCUUCUUCCACCGCAGAUCCCUGGUGAGGGAAAAAGAGGCCCGAGACAAGAGGGCUGCCGGCCAAGAGAUGCAAGCGCUCAACCACGCGGAGGCCAACGGUUACAAGCACCACGGCAACGGGCAGGCGGCUGUCGAGGCUUAAAACUCACCAACAGAAGCGUGCAUUUAAAGAAUUAUAGGAUUUAUUUUUGUGCGUGCCUUCAUAAUAAGCAGCAAUAUGUCCAAUGUUUUUUGGGUCACUUUAAACUUUAUCAUAAAGACAAUAGAAGCCGUCCCUCGGUCUCCCUGGCUCGCCGCCUAUGCUUUGCAUUGACUGAGAGUAUAAGCCACGUUCACACUGUGUUGCGAUGUGGGCGUGAAGUGUGUCAGCAUUUGUUUUUAUUUAUUGGGGUUGAUGUCACAGAGCCAAAUGAGCGAGAUCCAAAGCCAUACAUGUGUUCUACUUAACACAACGCACACCCUAGUGUGGCCUCGCCGUUAGACCGCGGAUGUCACGGUACUUGAAACACUUGAAUCGAGUUUUCGUAGACGAAUCCUUGUAAUCCUCGCUAACACCAAAGAGCAGCUUGGACAAUAGUAGAAUCAAUUUUUCAGUAUUGUUCAGAGAAGUUUUUUAGUGCAUUAUGACUAUUAAUCAUGCUGUUUCAAAUUUAAUAAUGUCGUGAAAGUAGGAAAUACGAUCAAAUAACAUUCAACUGCAAGAUAGGUUUGGUUGUAGAGACACCAUAUCUACCUCCUCCAUUUCAAUAUUUCGUACUGUCUCUCUGCAGCCAACUGCAUCAUCUGUCCACCUUUUUUUUUUUUUGUAGGAAAUCCUGCCCCAACCAGUAACACACCCACCCAAAAAAUGUCAUCAGUGCAUCGUUUUCUCAUUGCGCUUUCAUGUUGGUCAAAGCGGAGUCGACUUUUAAACAUAGGAAUCCCAGACUGAUUAUUCAAUUCUAACACAGUGUGUGCCAUUGUUGUUAAACACUUUGUACUGCUUUAUGCACAGAAAUGAAAUAGUGUGUGUAUAAAAUAUGUAUUUAAAGUGUAUUUUUAUACUAUAGCUGCAGUAGAAUUCAAAAGGGAAGCAUUUGUUGGACCAGCAAAUGUUUUGUUGCGUACCAUGAUGAUUGCUUGCGUAAGCAUUGCUCUACGUUGCUUUUCUUGUCAUGUCGUGUUGAUUCGCGAGUAACAAUCCUGCCAAAAUAAUUGACUUUCUGUAAAUAGCCUUGAGGCAUGUGCUGUAUUUUAUUAUAUAUUCGACUUGCUUUACUAUAUUUGGUGUGUCCAGUUUGUUGCAGUGUACAAGAAGAUACUUGCUUUGCUUCAUAUUUUGUCAAGUUUUAUGAGAUUGGAUGAUGAUCAUUCAAAUUCUACACUGCAACUUUAGACUUAUGCAAUCACUUUGUAAAAGAUGAUUUGUCUUGACGUUCAUUUCAGGGUCACCACAGGUUGAUUGUAUGGUUUCUCUUAGAUGUGAUGCAUUUAUUUACCGUUUUUCCUGUUUCUCAAUAUAUACAAUAGUCUAUUUUUCUAAGCUUAGUGCCUUUCCCUAACAUUUGGCUGAAUUGCAAUGCUUGAACUGGAAGACCAAAACUGUCCAGACAUAAAUCCAAUGUAUUAAGGACCAUAACAACGUCAAGGUGGCCAGAACCACUUGCAUUUGAAAAAAAAAAAAAAAAAGACAUCAAA